ACAACAGCUUCUAAUAUUUUACCUUGAUCUCGUGUAUUACACGAAAUAUGUUCGUGCUAUAUUUAAUAAUAUUAGCACUACUACUUUUUUAUUACUAUUCCACAAGAAAUCAUAAUUACUGGGCCAAUAGAAAUGUGAAGCAUGAAAAACCCGUGCCAAUUUUCGGAACCCAUUUCCGAAAUUUGUUCGGUUACAAAAGUAUCACGGACAUAUCGGAAGAGCUCUACAACAAAUACAAAGAUGAGAAGGUGGUCGGCUACUACCGCGGGAACACGCCCGAGCUGAUCGUGCGGGACCCGGAGCUGGUGAAGCGGAUCCUGAACGUGGACUUCGCGUACUUCUACAUGCGCGGGCUCACGCGCAACGACGCGCUGGAGCCGCUGCUGCUGAGCCUGUUCCACGUGGAGGGGGACCGCUGGAAGCUGCUGCGGCAGCGGCUGACCAGCGCCUUCACCACGCACAAGCUGAAGGGCAUGUUCCCGCUGGUGGUGCAGUGCGCCGGCAAGCUGCAGGCGGCGGCGGCGGCGCUGGCGGCGCGCGCCGAGCCCUACGACGUGCGCGAGCUCAUGGCGCGCUUCACCACCGAGUUCAUCGGCGCCUGCGGCUUCGGCAUCGAGAUGGACACCAUCAACAACGAGCACUCGCAGUUCCGCGACCUGGGGAAACUCAUCUUCACUCCAUCGCGCAGAUUCGUGAUAUUCAACUGUCUAAUGGAGGUGUUUCCGUUCCUUAAAAACCAUAUUGCGCUUAUGAACCCUGAAAUUGAAUUAGCAAUUCGUAAAUUAUUCGAACAAAUUCAAAAACAGCGGAAUUACGCGCCGAUAGGACGGAACGAUUUCGUGGAUUUGCUUUUAGAGCUUGAAAAAAAAGGUAAAAUGUGUGGAGAAUCCAUCGAGAACGUAAACAAAGAUGGGCAGCCUUUAAAAGUUGAAAUGGACAUGGACAUGAAAAUGAUGGUUGCGCAAUUAUUUGUAUUCUUUGCAGCUGGCUUCGAAACAUCCUCCUCAGCUACUAGCUAUACGUUGCACCAACUCGCAUACAAUCCUGAUAUCCAGACUAGAGUACAAGAAGAUAUAGAUAGAGUAAUGAGUAAAUAUGAUAACAAACUGUGCUACGAAGCUAUCGCUGAAAUGACUUUACUUGAUAUGGCAUUCAAAGAAUCCAUGAGAAAGUUUCCAUCACUGGGAGUACUAAAUCGUGUGUGCGCAAAAAAAUAUGUAAUACCAGAAUUAGACAUUACAUUAGAUCCUGGAGUGAAAAUUUUGAUUCCUGUUCAAGCUAUUCAACAUGACGAGCAAUACUUCGACAACCCUUUCGAAUAUAGACCGGAGAGAUUUGAAGAGGAUGCUGUGAAAGAUAGACAUAAAUUCGUCUAUCUACCAUUCGGAGAAGGGCCUCGCUCGUGUAUAGGUGCCCGUCUUGGUCAAAUGCAGUCGAUGGCGGGACUAGCGGCACUACUGCACAGAUUCACCUUCGAACCCUCUGCACUGUCCACUCCACAACUCACGGUCAACCCGUUUGCCAACAACGUCCAAGGACUACAGAAAAUCUAUCUGAAAAUUACUGAGAGAAAACUGAAGACUACUUAGUUUAGUUCAAAUAUCUGCGCCGUGAUUUCUAAUUUGUACUACAUAGAUACGAUUAAAUAAAAAAUACUGAGCCAUUUUCUAA